CUGAUCGUUCUGAUCAGCUUCAAAGCUUCUGUCCAGCUCGUCUUCAUCACUGCAGCUUCAGGUCAAGAUCCAACACUCAGCAUGAGUCCCAAGCACGUCGUCUUUAAAAAGGUGUCCCGUGACAAGUCGGUGACCGUCUACAUGGCCAAGAGGGACUUUGUGGAUCACUGCGACUUUGUGGAUCCAGUCGAUGGCGUGAUUGUGAUUGACCCAGUGCAGCUCAAAGGAAAGAAAGUGUACGUGAUGCUGUCAUGCACAUUUCGCUACGGCCGUCAGGACAUGGAUGUGAUGGGCGUGGCCUUCAGGAGGGACCUCUUCCUGGUGACCCGGCAGGUUUACCCCGAGCUGCAGGACAAAGAGAAGCUCACCCACACCAAGAUCCAGCAGAAGCUGCUGCGAAAGCUUGGAAACAACGCCUUCCCCUUUUUCUUCGAGUUUCCAGACAACCUGCCCUGCUCCAUCGCUCUGCAGCCCGGACUGUCCGACGUGGGGAAGAAAUGUGCGGUGGAGUUUGAGGUGAAAGCUUUCUGUGGUGAGAACCAGGACGAGAAGAUCGACAAACAGAGUUCUGUCCGUCUCACCAUCCGUAAGAUCCAGUUCAGUCCAGAGGACAGCAAACUGCUUCCCAGCGCAGAGACAACCUUCGAGUUCCUGAUGUCCGAGAAACCCCUGCACGUGAAACUGAGCCUGCCCAAAGAGACUUUUUACCACGGCGAGCCGCUUAAAGCCAAUGUUGAAAUCACCAACUCGUCCAGCAGGAACAUCAAAGACAUCAGCUUGUCAGUCGAGCAGGUGACCCACGUCAUCCUUUACUCCAACGAUAAGUACGUCAAGUCUGUGGCCAAAGAGGAGACCAGUGACUCUGUGCCUUCUGGCACCAGUCUGAAGAAGGAGUACACCCUGCACCCUCUGCUGGCAUACAACAAAGACCGCAGAGGACUCGCUUUGGAUGGACGACUUAAACACGAGGACACCAACCUGGCUUCAUCGAGCAUUGUGAAGCAGGAGGUCCUGAAGGAGGUUCAGGGGAUUCUGGUCUCCUAUAAGGUCGUGCUGAGGAUGGUCGCCUCAGGGACGGUGGGGUCCAGUGAGGUGUCUCUGGAGGUUCCAUUCAGGCUCAUGCAUCCCAAACCUGAACCAGCCAAGGACAGUGAAUCAGACGACAUGGUGUUUGAGGAAUUCAAACGGGCCUACCUGAAGGGCGUGGUCUACGGAGACGACGACGACGAGUCCCCCACCGACGCCUGAACUACAAAGAUGGCCGCCUCAGGUCGAACGGCGCGGCGGCCACUCGGAGCUGAAGACGAACACAGCGUGGUCGUCCACCGGUGGUUUCCUCACUGUUUUAACGACUCCAUCGUGUUUCCUGCAACACCACCCCCAGGCUAACUACAGCUGCGAGGUGGCGCUAGCAGGAACCAAAAACUCUGUCUGCCAGAAAUGACCAUCUCCUCCCCUAAUGCAGUACUUUUACCUUGAACCAGGUGUUUUCCCAAACCUGAUGCAGCGCCCUCCGGUGGCCACAGUGAUUAUGCUGUGAGCAAAGCUGGGUGAUGCAGUCGUGGCUGGCAGGACGCUGAGGUGGAUGGACGGGUGGAGCCGUCUGCUGCUUGUCUUUGAUGAAGGAAAUGGUCUAAGUCACAGGUGUCGAACUCCAGGCCUCGAGGGCCGGUGUCCUGCAGGUUUUAGAUGUGUCCUUGAUCCAACAGCUGAUUCAAAUGGCUAAAUGACCUCCUCAACAUGUCCUGAAGUUCUCCAGAGGCCGGGUAAUGAACUAAUCAUCUGAUUCAGGUGAGCUGAAACAGGGUGAGAUCUAAAACCUGCAGGAAGCCGGCCCUCGUGGCCUGGAGUUGGACACCCCUGGUCUAAGCGCGUCAUUAGGGUUAGGUGAAGAAUGCCGACGUGGCCACAGGUGUCCGUGAUUGGCCGUCCACCUCCUCCUGCAGCACGUGGAGCUUCUUUUGUUUCAGAGGAAAGCAGCUGAGGGCCCGAGGGUCAUUUCUGGGAGGCAGAGCUCAACAUUUCCCGUCCUCAGAGGGUCGGUGUGUCACGUUAAAUGAAGGAAACACUGGAAAUGAUGAGUGUCAGCAGGCCGGGCUGUUAGCCGUGAGGCUCUGAGCGAAUGUAGACGAGUAAAGUGCAUCUUUAGAGCUCAGUGAAACGAGCUGCUGAUGUUCUGUAGAGCACGUCAUAGCUGACCUGUCAGUGUGCUUAUUUUAGAGGCAGUGAUGUUUCUCCUGUUUCUGUCUGAUACCUGACAUACGUGUGUGUGUGUUCCACUGUGAGCUGUUAGUCGCUGUGUUUGUGUUUGAUUAAAGAAGCCUGUUCUCCAUGUUUCACACUCCCCACGGCUCCAUGUUUUUACAUUUGGGUUUCUCACUUCUACUCCGUGUCACACAGAGGUACUUUUGUUAUACAGUGACAAUAAAGAGAUCAGAUCAAGUCUAGUGAGCAGAAACGAGGGCAGCAUCCAUCCAUAAUAUUCUUGAUAUUUAUAAUUGAGUGAUUUGUGUAUAUUAGUGCUAUUUUUUUUCUUAAAUUUGAAAAAUCUGUAACAUGUUGUAUUGUUUAGUUUAGCCUGUUACUGUCUUGGAGCAACUGUAACCAACAUAAUUUCCUUAAGGAUUAAUAAAGUAUCAUGAUUAAUGAGUACACCCACAAA